AUGUCUCUGCUGCAUUACUGGGACACGCAGCGCUCCGUGAAGCGCAAGAGGACAUCCGAGAAGGAGGCCGAACUUGAAAUCAAGACGCAUCAAGAUCCGGAGAAGCGACCGCCGAGUCCGAGUCCCUCAUCUGGCGUGGUGGACUCGCCAGUUCCCGCACCGUUGUUUGAUGAGCCGGAAGGAUAUAUUCUCAGCAGUCCAACGGAGCUGGAGAUCUCGUUGCCGGCUAUUCAGACCGACGAGGAUGCUAUCAAGGCCUACGAGGCUUGUAAAAUUGAUCCCGAGACUGACGAAGGGCCAGGCUUACAUGCCAGGUUGCGAGAUGGAAUCUGGGAGCGGGGGAAAAGUUCCAUCUAUGUGGAUGCAUUCAAUUUGGCACUAGAAACAGUGCUGGAUGAAGAGUCGCACUUAUUUAACGACGCGGAAAUGGAGGUGUUCAGGCAGUGGAAGGAUCUCUCGUACGAAUCGCAAUAUUUGUAUGUUCGGCUUUUUCUGCGCAAGACAUCCGCCUGGCAUCGUAUCAGCAGACUAGGCUACUACUCUGACAUUUCAGACGUGGCGGCCGUGGCCACCGACCUCCAAAGAGAUCGAACGCUGCCCAAAAGCGAGCAAGGAGACGCGAAUGUGGGUGAUCUCACUUUCGGGAGUACAUUUCGAUUCGCCGAUGGUACCGAUAAGAUCACCACGCUCGAAGAAGCGUCCUCACUGUUGUUGCUUGACGAAUUGAAAUGGUUUGCCAAAGAAGUCAAAGCCCAGGGAAAGAACAAGAAGGAGCUGCUUGCAGCUCUGUGCGAGACCAGUCAGUCGCAGACUGGUCUCGGGUUCAAAGCCCAGCCUGGUAAUAGGGAUGGCCACUUUCUUCAAAAAAUUCUCGAUUACACGGGUCAGUGCAUUCGACUCACGUCAGAACCACGUGCUCUCUUUGAGCGUGUGCAUCUGGUGUUCUACCGAUCUACUGAAUGGACAGAAAAGUCCUUGACCACCAUCAUCCUUGCCAAGAUAUCGCGGCGUAAUUUUCCACAAUACAUCGUGUGCCGGUCCAACUCGAUCUUCUCCUCUAGAGUUACACUUUUGGAGUUCGAGUCGGCUAUAAGAACACAAUUCGACAUUGACAGCAUCCUUGAGUUCAAUGGUCCCCCGAGCACAGAUUCGUUGCAACGAAUCAUAGACCUGGCCGACAAAUUCUACCCGCGAUGGAAGCAACUCGUGGAUGAAGAGCAACGGAAGGAAGACUCCAUAUAUGAGAGUGGCGAAGGCGCAUAUUUGCGUCGCUUCUCGCCUGCCUGGGUGUACACCAGAGUCAUGCACAAGAGCCUCCUGCCGCUGGGCCGAUUCAAAGAACACAAACGAGAGCACGAGCUUCUGAGCGAACUGCUUGCUCAGCGCCUUUUUCACGCCUCCCGCCGCGGGGCAUGGUACCAGCGCAAAGCUCUACUGGAAGAACAUUACAUGUGGGCAUUGACACCCUACGAGGGCCGCAAUGAGGAAAAUCAACGCAAGUUCUGGAAACGAGUUGCGCUGAAAACGUGCGAGGAGGGACUUGAGGACCCACUCUGCCAUCUCAUCUACCACUAUGAUUUGCAGAAGAGGAUCACAAAGCUUGAGAAAGCCUUGAAAGUCGUGAAGAGGGAGCAGCAUGAUUUUGGGCACGUCAUGCUAAGUAAGCCUGCCGAGCGGACAAUCGAGGGGAUCCGUAUCGAGAGUGAAGACGGGCCAAAAAAGGGCAAAGCCACCGUCUGGAUUGAUGAAAGGGAAGGUGGAGAAUGUCGUGUCGAAAGCAUGUGUCUGAGCUGGUAUCGAGACCACGGUUGGAAAGGAUAUCAUUCAGAGGGUGGGAUUGUUCGAACAUUGUUCGGGCUACUAUUUUACGACAUCCUCUUCACAUACGUACCAAACGUCUUCCAAACCGCCUUCCAAACGUGUCCAUUGGAUUUGCACACAGACGUGUUCUAUCCAUCUCGAGCCUCGGAAAUCAACCAUCGUCUCGUUGAAAUCACCAAUGGAGAUGCCGAACGCCUCAUCCGGGAAAUCUAUGAGCGCGAAUCAGCCACACAACCCUGUGCCAUUGGUAUUGACUGGUCUUUCGAGCUGGAUGAUCUCGUUGAAAUUGUGCAAUGUUUUCGAGGAGAAGCGCUGGCUACGAUAUGCAAGGUUAUGGCACAGGAGUAUCAGCAGCGUGGCGGCGGUAUACCAGAUUUGUUUCUGUGGAAACCCGAAGAGCAAAUUGUCUUGUUCUCCGAGGUUAAAUCCGAGAACGAUCGAUUGAGCGAUACUCAGCGGCUUUGGAUUCAUAUUUUGCUGGGUGCUGGAGUCCAAGUCGAGCUGUGCAAUGCCGUCGCGAGGGAAGUUAGGACAGGUUAG